GAACCGAAUUCUGAGUUGCUUUUAUAUUUUUUUUUUUUUUCGUGUUUGCAGGGGAGACGUGGGCUGACGUUGGAAGCGGAACGGCCCGUUCCGAAAUCAGAACGGGCCGUUCUGCUUAAAGAAACAGAGUGGCAUUUGUUAACGUGAAACGGGACAAGAACGGGCCGUUCCGACGUUAAGAAUUAACGUUGAAAUAGAUGUUGGAAGCGGCCCGUUUUAAACAAAUUGUUGUGGCCAUUUUUUUAACGUGGAACGGGCCGUUUUUGUUUUAGAACAGCCCGUUCCAAGAUAGAUAUUUACACAUUUUUUUUACUCCUGGAACGGCUUAGGAACGGCCCGUUCCAGGAGCUGUUUUUACAAAGGUUUUUUGAUUUGGAACGGGCCGUUCUGGUUUUGGAACGGCCCGUUCUAGGUAAACAGUAAAAACUUGCGUUUUUCUAUAAAUAGACCCUCUCCCCUUCAUUUUUUUCACACGAUUUCAGAUUAGCUUAUCUCCUUUAUUCCUUCCGUGUACCCCUUUUGAAUCAGUUUCUUAGAAUCACGUUAAUUUCCUUUAAACCUUUCAUAAAAUGGCUUCUUCAAUCUACGUUAUUGUUCAUUCUGAUGGUUCCAUUAACCAAUGUCCGAAUGAAGGAAUCACCUUCUCUUCUCCAUCUGCAAAAUUAGUUCGUAUCAACAGAGGAAUUACUCUAGAAAGGCUUCAAAGAGUCAUCCACAGAAAGCUACAUCGACAAGAUUCUGAGAGGGUGGCUAGCAUACAUUUUCGGUACCCUAUUAGACUUGGCCCAGGGGUUAGUAACUAUACCUGUGUUGAGUUGACGGAUGAUGAAGACGUUGAGGCAGUUUUCAAUGUUCACGAUUCUAAUCAACUUCAAUCAGGUAUUGAAUUAUAUGCUACAUUUACUACAGUUGAAUCACAUGCACCACAAGUUUCACCUUCACGUUCACCUUACGAAGUUUAUCAAAGUUACCAGUACACUAACCCAUCUGGCCCUUCUUAUGAUAUCCCCUCCAACUACAACAUUGAGUCAUACACACAGCUUUUAAGUGGUCCAAUCAUGGACCUUAAUCAAAUACCUUCUCAGCCAUUUGAGCAAGCUAGACCUUCUGCUUCUCAACCCAAUGUUGAAACCAACAUUGAAGAUGAUGUUGUUGUUGGUCUCCCAACAGAAAAUGUCUUUGAUCCUUUUAGCGAGGACGAAGACGAAAUUCUCUCUGCACAUGAACAUGAUGAUGAAGAAACCCUCCCAAUUCCAAAUAAUCCACCACUACAACCACAACCAGUAGCCAUAUACAACCCACCUCCACACUUUUUAGAGUUUCCCAAUGAAAUCCAACAAGACAGUGAGUAUAGCCAUUUGUUGGAGCGUGAUAUGGUUGUGUAUCCACCUGGAACACUAUUUGUUGGCCAACGCUUCCAAACAAAAGAACAAAUGCAGGAUGCCAUAAAUAGAUUUCACAUUGUCAACCAUUGCAGUUACAAGGUUAAAAAUUCAAGCAGUAGUAGGCUUGUUAUGGAAUGCGUUCACCACGACUGUGCCUGGAGAUGUCGUGGUAUAUUGCGAACCAGGGAACAACAUUGGGAAAUCAUGAUCCUUGAGGGCCCCCACACAUGUGUUUCCCCACUUAUCUCCCAAGAUCAUAAUAAAUUGGGAUCACAAAUGAUUGCUCAAAGCAUUGGUGAAAUUAUUGAGGUUGAUCCAUCGGCAUCCAUUUCAACCAUCAUAGCCCACAUCAAGUCCACCAUGGGUUAUACAAUUAGUUACAGAAAGGGAUGGUUAGCCAAGCAACAUGCCAUUGAGAAUAUCUUUGGAAACUGGGAGGAGUCGUACAACAAAUUACCAGGUAUGUUGCAAGCAAUGCAAAUGUAUGUUCCAGGUUUUAUUUGGAAAUUAAAUACGCAACCGGCUUACCAAGGUGAAUUAUUGGACGAGGGGAGUGUUAUCUUCAAAAGGUUAUUUUGGACCUUUAAACCAUGCAUUGAUGGUUUUGCCUUCUGCAAACCAAUUGUACAAGUGGAUGGUACAUUUUUAUAUGGGAGAUAUAAAGGUACACUAUUGGUCGCAGUUGCGCAAGAUGGUCGCAACAACAUAAUUCCUAUUGCAUUUGCUGUUGUUGAAGGUGAAACUAGUGAUGCAUGGUUUUUUUUUCUGAAGAACUUGAGGCGGUAUGUAACACCGCAAGAUGGGUUGUGCCUUAUUUCUGAUCGUCAUGAAGCUAUUCGAAGUGCAUACUCAAGAAAUGGAAGUGGCUGGACGGAAAACAAUUCUGUUCAUGUCUAUUGUAUUCGACAUAUUGCACAAAAUUUCAUGCGACGGUUCAAAAAUGCAGCACUAAAGAAGGAUGUCGUCAAUAUGGCCUACGGGAUGACUGAACCUAGAUUCUUUUACUAUUACAACAUAGUAAGAGAUACUAAUGUUGAAGCAGCUCAAUGGUUAGACAACAUUCCUAGGGAAAAAUGGACACUAGCAUGGGACAAUGGACGACGUUGGGGACACAUGACAACAAACCUAGCUGAGUCAAUUAAUUCCGUAUUGAAGAAAACACGAAAUUUGCCAAUUUGUUCCAUGGUAAUGGCCACAUACACUCGUUGCAACAAGUUUUUCGUUCAAAGAGGUACGGAAGUGGGCGCAAUGAUUAAUGCAGGACAUGUCUACUCGGAAAUUGCAAAUAAAACUAUUCAAGAUGCACAGUCUAAGGCAAAUACUCAUAGAGUUAUCAGCUUUGACAGAUCAAGCAGUAGAUUUCUAGUGGAAGAAACGCAACAUUCGAGAGAAGUUCGACCAGCUGGGAGAUUUGCGGUAAGGCUUGAUGAAUUGUGGUGUGAUUGUGGCAAGUUCCAAAAAGUUCAUAUCCCUUGCUCACAUGUGCUUGCUUCAUGCUUACAUGCACAUCAUGACUAUGAAAGGUACAUAUCUCCCAUAUAUACCUUACAACAAGUUGCAAAGGUAUACGAAGGACAGUUUGGAGAGCUUCGACAUGAAGAUUAUUGGCCUACUUACACUGGUCCAACUUUGUGGCCAAAUCCAGAACUGAAGAGAACUUCGAAGGGUCGACCAAAGUCCACCAGGAUUAGAACAGAGAUGGAUAUUAGAGAACAACAUACUCAUGUCAAAAAUUGUUCUUAUUGUCACACUCCUGGUCACACUAGGAAGACAUGUCCGAAUAUUAGUCAUGGAUGUAGUUCCCGCCACCAAUGAUCAUUAUUGUUGUAAUCAGUUGUAAUAAAUUUAUUUAGUUAUGUAAUAUUAAAGUUAAUUACUUUGUGUUAGU